AUGGGCCACCAGGUAUCGGUAGCCAAGGGUCAGGACGGCCGUGUUCUCCGUCGGCACGCGUUAAAGGAGUCGUACUCCACGUCUAAUCUCUUGGAACCCCCUCCCACUGAUCAGCACCGGUUAUCGGUCCCAUGCGGCGCCGAGGCUAAUCCCGCCUCCCCCGAGCGUGCCAGAGGCCACCGGGGCCUGGUAUUCACCUCAAUGACCUCGUUUCGUCCCCAUGACGUCACCCGCCACGAUUUGCCCGACAACUCGGAGGCAUUGGGCCAGUCCCAUUUUUUCAUUUCCCCAAUCACCUCCAACGAAUCCGAAGCGGAUGUCGCUGAUCCGCUAGCAGUAUCGCCCCUCCAGCAUGAGCCAAUGGAAGCGUCGCUGUUGUUUAAGCUGGUGCUGGCUCAGCACAUCAAUUGGGACGAGGCCGAGGUCCACCACGAUUUACAGGACGACACCCCGUACCUGACGUUCAAAAUCCACCCUUCCGAACACGAUUUGCUCAAUCCCAUCGACACGUUGUUGCACCCGCUGAUGGCGGAGGUGGUGCCCGAGGAGGAGGAUGACACGCUGGCGGAGGAACCCCCGUCGCCGGCGCUCCCCCCCGUGUUCCAAACGGUGCUGGCACUGUUGCCGAACCCGCAGUCGCAGGUGUCGCCGUUGCUUGCCCUCCCGCUCGAGGUGCUCUACCGCAUCAUUGAGAUCGUUUAUUAUGAUGAUAAUGUCAGCUCCAUUAACGAUAACCUCGAAAGCUUUGCCAACACCAUCCCCCUCUUGCUGCGUAAGCUCAACCAGCUCCUGCUUUGCUUUCUUUACCGCUACGCCAUCUUCAAUCGCCCCCACUCAUUCGACAAGUUCCUCAGUAACUUGAACCACAACCGGUUCAUCGGCAAAUACGUCGAGUUCAUGGACUUCCAGCAGUUCACCCUGAUUGGUCUUGGCCGUACUGGGCGCAUGAACCAGGAGAUCGAGAUGGUGACGCUGCGCACCAUCACCGCCGCUCUUCUGAUGACGCCUAACCUCAUCGAGUUUUUGGCGCUGGAAAACAUCCAGGACGACAUGGACGUCAACGUGCUUGACUACUUGUUCAACCGGCUUUACAAAAUCCAAGCGAUUGACUUUUGUGGCGCCCUGCUGGACAAGUUCACCAAGGCGUUUGUCGAGCUCAUUAUCGAUAACGAUAUCCCCGCCAACCCCAAUGUUGAUGACGUGACCCUGCCUCAGUUGUCGCCGGUGAUGCUGCCAGUGAUUAAUCCCACUCUAGCCAACACCUCUCACAUCGACAUCGAGCCCAUGGAGUUGAAGCCUCAGCUCCAGUACGAGAUCCAGUUCACCAAGACUUCAUCUCUCUCGCAUUUGUACAAGCUUUCCUUCCACGACUGCUCCCUGCUCACCUCGGACAUCUUCAUCAAGGUGUUGCCGCACUUGCACCACAUCCGCCGGCUCGACUUGACCCACACGUCCAUCACGCUGGCGAUAUUGAACCAAUACUUGCCGACGACUUGUCGCCUCACCCACUUGCUGUUGCUGCGCUGCCUGCGGCUCACCACCAAGGACUUGAUCAACUUUUUGACUCAGCAUCCUGCGGUAGCCAACGACACGUUGAGAUGGCUCAACUUGCAAAUCGAUUCCAACGUCGUCAGUCCCCUCAGUGACAUCUACUUAAUUUACACCCUCAAGCAUAUCAAGGCCCUGCAGCUUGAGUACCUCAACUUACUGGGACUUCCCAUCAAGAACCUGACGAUGAUGAUUAUCAAGCAGAAGUUCCCCUUGCUCAAGUCAUUGCUGAUUGGCCACUCCAAUUUGACAUUGGAAGAACUCAAUAAUUUUGUUCAAGGGGUGCCCAGUCUCAAGUACAUCGACUUACUGGGAAUGAAGUUGUCUCGCUUUAAUAUUUUGAGUUUCCUCAAAGCCAACUUCAAUUCCCACAUUGAGGCGGUGGAGUUCGACUACAAAAUUUUGUAUGAAGCGUCCGCCCUGGGCGACUACAUUAAAAUUGUUCCUCAACAACAGCUGUUCCUCGAUCCCGUGGUGACCCCGCAAGUAUGGAAGUUCUAUGAUAAUGAAGGCCGUCGGGCGUGGAUCUAUAAGCUUCUGGAAAAUGAUCCUACCUUCAAGCUGGUAGUGCUCAACGAUACGUCGCUGCGUCAUUAUGCCACCAGCAAUUUGACCUACUAUGAUAUGGAGACAGGUAAGAAGAUCGUCCAGAAAGUAAAACAGCCCCAAUUUUUGAAGUACGCUCUGCGCAAGAUCAACUGUCUGGUAGGGUACAUGAACAUGCACUUGUCCAAGUCCAAGGCGUACCUGGAAAGGCUUGAUGCCGAGGACAUCUGGCCAGUAGAGUUCAGCCAGCGUGGUAUCUAUAACUACUACUCUCUCAACGUCAAAUAA